AUGGCCUCUCUGAUCGCAGCUCUCGUCUUGGCCAUGAUCACGAUGUCUGCUAUGGCUGAGCAUUAUGGAGGCUACGGUCACCAAAGAUAUGGAGGAUACGGCGCCUACGGGGGAUACGGUGCUCCAGGAGGCUACGGAGGUUAUGGAGGAUAUGGCAAGGGUCAUCCCGUGGUGUAUCACAGAGUUGGCUACAGCCACGGAUACGGCGGCUACGGCCACGGUGGUUACGGAUACGAGGGCUAUGGCUUAGGAUACGGCGGCCGCGGUAGGAGAUAUGGCGGCUACGGCUUAGGAUAUGGGUACGGUCGAAGAUACUACGGUUGA